CCCAAAAGGCAAAAUUAAAGUGUUGUAAAAUAAGGAUAAUAAAAAAAUAUGAAGCUCAUCACUCUCCCUCUUGCUAUUGCUGCAGCAGCUUUCAUAUUCUUCUUCACAAUCACCACCACCACUACCAUAGCCACUGCCACCAUUAUCACACCACUUAACAACUCUUCCCUUUCUUCUUCUUCGAAUGCCAAUGACCUUGAUCCUUCUAAACUGAGCUACAAGUUUGCAGUGACAUGGCCCGCGGGCUUCUGCAAGAUCAACAAGUGCGCGCAGAGGCCCGCAGACUUGCCCAAGAACUUCACGAUCCACGGCCUGUGGCCCAACUACGAUGGCGAGUGCACCGACUCCACCGACCCGUUCGAUUUCAACGCGCUCGCACCCAUCUUUACAGACCUUAAUGCCCGUUGGCCUAACCUUAAAAGCAAUCUCCAGCCAGAUUUGUUCUGGAAAGACGAGUGGAAUAAACAUGGGAAAAAGUGCGGCUUGUUUACCGUGCAAUCGUAUUUUGAAUCGGCCCUCUACUUGUACAAGCUUCUCCUGAAAGGCCUAACUGUUCUAAGGGAUGCUGAUCCGCGGAAAAGUACGGUGGAAUCCAUUCAAAGUGUGGCCGAGUUUGCAGGGAAGAAACCGUUCGUGAUGUGCCAGACGGCGGCGACGGGGAUAAACUAUUUGUACGAGUUAAGGUUUUGCAUCAAAGGUAACAAAAAGUUCACCGAUUGCGGACCUCAAAGUGCACAGGAUCGAUUUUGUUCCCAGGAUUUCAAAUACAGUGUUACAUUGGGGAAGUCACUCCUCGCCCGUCUGAACCACCACCUUGAUGAUCAUGAUGAUAAUGAAAAUGAUGGUGAACAGUACUCCAAGGAAGAAGGUGUUAUGGCAGCAGCAACAUAAUAAUAAUAAUAAUAAUUAUUAUUAUUAUUAUAAUGAUGAUGAUAAUAAUAAUAUGAUAUGAUACUCCCUAUUAUUGCUAUCAUUAUUAAAAUAAAUGGUAUCAUGAAAAUAAAUAAAUGGUAAAAUGUCACUAUUGGGUACGUACGUACUAGGUACCAUAUAUGCGUACCCUUUGUACUUUCAGUAAAAUUAUGAAAUAAAAGGUUGUAUCCUUAUUAUUGUACCAUUGAUUUGAUCUUGUACAAGAUGUUUUUAUCUUUUUUUUUUUGUCUCAAAAUGUCUUUCUCACAUCUAUGAAAAAACUAUUUUUAUUUCU